UCAACAACAGCCCACAGUGCUUCUGCAGCAAGUAACACCCAUAAAACAAAAGCAAAAAACCCCUCCAAUCAAACAUGACCCCAACAUUCAUUUUCUCAAUCCUCCUGUUUCAACUCCUCUUUGCCUCACAGCCAUAUCACCUUAUCCUCAUCUCCGCAGCCGACGGUAGGUGGCAGCUUCUACAAAAAAGCAUUGGCGUCUCAGCCAUGCACAUGCAACUCCUUAGAAAUGACCGUGUUGUCAUGUUUGACAGAACAGAUUUUGGCAAAUCUAAUCUGCCAUUGCCAAAUGGGAAAUGCCGCACUGACCCAAAUGACACAGCGCUAAAAGUAGAUUGCACGGCUCAUUCAGUUGAGUACGAUGUUUUGACCAACAAGUUCAGGGCUCUCAUGGUCCAAACCGACGUUUGGUGCUCUUCAGGCGCUAUCAUGCCUGAUGGCAAUUUGGUCCAAACCGGUGGUUUCAAUGACGGUGAACGUAGGGUCAGAGUUUUUAGCCCAUGCAGCACCUGCGAUUGGCAAGAAAUACCAAAUGGAUUGGCAGCCAAAAGAUGGUAUGCCACCAACCAUAUUUUGCCAGAUGGCAGACAAAUUGUUGUCGGUGGUCGCAGACAAUUUAACUAUGAGUUUGUCCCUAAAAAUGUUGCCGCCAACACGUUCAAUUUGCCCUUCUUAUCGGAAACCAAUGACCGUGGAGUAGAGAACAAUCUCUACCCUUUUGUUUUCCUUAAUGUUGAUGGAAACUUGUUCAUUUUCGCUAAUAAUCGAGCUAUUUUGCUUGAUUAUGUGAACAAUAAAGUUGUGAAGACGUAUCCGACAAUACCAGGUGGCGAUCCUAGAAGCUAUCCAAGCACUGGUUCGGCUGUCUUGCUUCCAUUGAAGAACUUGAAAGCUCCUGCUAUUCAAGCUGAGGUUUUGGUUUGUGGGGGUGCUCCUAAAGGAUCUUAUCUCGAAGCCCUGAGAGGUAAAUUCAUUGCAGCCUUGAAGACUUGCGCGAGGAUGACAAUAACCGACCCCAACCCACAGUGGGUCAUGGAGACUAUGCCCAUGGCUAGAGUUAUGAGUGACAUGAUUUUGCUUCCAAACGGCAAGGUUUUGAUCAUCAACGGGGCAGGUUCCGGAUCAGCAGGAUGGGAUUUGGGCCGGAACCCUGUUUUAAGUCCAGCCUUGUACCUGCCCGAUAAUAAAAUUGGGUCACGGUUCCAAGCACAAACCCCGACAACAAUUCCUAGGAUGUACCACUCCACAGCAGUUUUGCUUCGUGACGGGCGAGUUUUAGUUGGUGGAAGUAAUCCCCACACGUUUUACAACUUUACGGGAGUCCUUUUCCCUACCGAACUAAGCUUAGAGGCAUUUUCUCCAGCAUAUUUAGACGCUAAAUUCAAUAAUCUGCGACCGACAAUCGUUGCCCCGAAGUCUUCGUCCGAGAUUCAAUACGGGAAAAAGUUAACUGUUCAAGUGCUGAUCACGGGUAAAGUAGCUCCAAAUUUGGUUUCGGUAACAAUGGUAGCACCAUCUUUUACUACACAUUCAUUCUCCAUGAAUCAAAGGGUUCUCGUACUAGGAAAUGACAAAGUGACGGCGUUGGAGAAAUCAACGUAUAACAUUGACGUCACGACGCCACGUUCUGCUAAUCUUGCGCCGGCAGGGUUUUAUCUUUUAUUUGUGGUUCAUCAAGACAUUCCAAGCCAAGGCAUUUGGGUCAAAUUGCGGUAAAGGAAAUACAAAAGAUUCAUUCAAAAUAUCCAAAUUAAAGGUUUGCAUGUUCAUAAAAGAUUUCUUUCCAUGUGUACACUUCUUAUUAUUCUUCUCGACGUGACUUAGUUGUUUUUUUUAUAUUCAGCAAUCCCUGUCGGUUGCUCUUAUAGAAUUAGGAUACCAUGUUUGUAACUUUGUCCUCUACAAAACUAAGUGUAUUUACAAAGCUCGAUCAAUAAGGAGGAUUUGUUUUAAUUAAUUGUUCUUA